AUGUCAAAUUCUUCUCAAAAAAAUGUAGCUAUUAUUGGUGCUGGUGUGUCAGGUCUUGUAUCAGCCGUUCAUAUGUAUAGAGCUGGUAUUCAACCGAUUGUUUUUGAUAAAGCAUCAGAUUUAGGUGGUAUGUGGAAUGUUAAUAUAAGGCCAUGUUGGAAUUCAAUGCAAACAAAUAUUUCGAAAUUUUCGACAGCAUUAUCUGAUUUUGCUUGGCCAAAGGAUACACCUUUAUUUCCUAGUCAAAAAGAUGUUUAUGUAUAUUUAACAAAUUAUAUUCAACAAUCCUUACCUAAUAAAGAUAUAUUUCGAUUCAAUACUCAAGUAAAAAAUAUUACAUAUUCUAAUAAUAAAUGGACAAUAAAAUAUUGUACAAAUUCGAAUGAUAUUUCAUCUGAACAAUUUGAUUUUGUUAUUGUUGCAUCAGGUUUCUUUGAUUAUCCAUAUAUACCAAAUAUAAUUAAUCUUUCAUCAUUUCAUGGUACAUUAAUACAUAGUUCUGAUUAUCGUUCACCAGAACAAGUCCGUGAUAAAAAUGUUAUAAUUGUUGGUUCGUCAAUGAGUGCAGCACAAGUUGCUUCUGAUAUGGCAACAACUGCUAAACAUAUUACUCAUGUUAUAUCACAGAAUUUUUGGUGUUUACCUCGUUUUAUACCAUUAAUACUAAAUAAUCCAAUUUCACCAUUUCUGCCCAUUGAUUUUGUUUUCUAUCGUCAAUCAAAACGAAUAUCUAGUCAAGAAAAUUUAUUUCGAAAUAAUGAUGAUUAUAAAAAAAUGAAUGAUUAUUUAAAAUUAAUAACAGACAAUAGUCAAGAAUCAUCGAAAUUUAUCAAUACGAAUGAUGAACAACCAGCAUUUAUUGCUAUUUCUGAUACAUAUAAUGAAUGGAAUCGUGCAGCGCCGCCCAUCAACGAACGUCCUGAUUGGAUAUUUUCGUUAAUAUUAAACAAUGGAGCAUCAAUCGAGACUACUUGUGAUGAUAUUAUAAUUUUAUGUACUGGUUAUCGACCAUGUCUUGACUUUUUCUCUCAAGAUAUUUUAGAACAAUUAUCUUAUAUACCAGAUGAUGUAUUUUGUCCAAUAAUACUUCAUCGUAGUAUUUUCCAUCCGACAUUACCUAAUCUUGCUUUUAUUGGUAUGUAUCGAGGCCCGUUCUGGGCAAUUAUUGAAUUACAAUCUCGUUGGGUUGCUGCAACAUUUUCUGGUCUCUUAUCAAUUCCAUCCAUUACUAUACAACAGAUAGGUCUUGAUAUGGAACAUCGUAUACGUACUCAACAACCACGACCGCAAUUUCCACAUGGUGAUUAUGUUGGUGUUGUUAAUGAUUUAGCAAAAGAAGUACUUCCAACAGCAUCUUCAAAUACGCAUGAUAUUGUUAUACCAACACAAUAUCAAGCUAAUGGAUCGGAUAAAACAGUUAUUGAUGAAAUGAAUUCUAUAUGUGAAGAAGCAAAUCAUGGUCGAUUUAUCGCUGGUGCUAUUUUUCGUGCAUUACAUGAAAGUAAAUGGUCAUUUGAACGAAUAUUAACAGGUAAACCUGCUGAUGGUACUGUUCAUGGUCAAGCAGAAUUUCAUUAUUCUCAACAACAAGAACUUCUUUAUAAAGAACAAGGAAAAUUAAUUUUAUCAUCACAAAUACCGUUGGAUAUUACACAAAAAUAUAUUUAUGUAUAUGAUGAAGAUAAAGAUCUUAUGACAGUUUAUUUUGUUGAUGAUAAAAAUAAACGUGGAUCACUUUUUCAUACAAUUCAUUUUCAAUCACCAUCAAAUGAUGGUUGGAUAGCAUCUGGUGAACAUUUAUGUAGUCAAGAUCAUUAUUCUGUUUCUUAUUUAUUUCGAUUAAAUGGGACAAAUUUAACAAAAUUCGAAAUAACAUAUACCGUUAAAGGUCCAGCUAAAGAUUAUAUAUCAAAAACAAUUUUUCAACGUGAAAAAAUUUCAUAA